AUGAAUGAGGAAGGUUUAAUAUGUGUUGGUCAAAGGAUUUCAGUAUGGCUGAAGGAUAAUUGGAACAGGAGUACAUUUGUGUUGUUACCUGUGAGGCAUUCAUUCACAAGAUUGUAUGUUAAACACAUCCAUGAGAUAGAUCAUGCUGGUGUAGAGGUAACCUUAGCCAAAUUGCAAUCCAAGUUUUGGGUGCCUGGAGCCAGGAAACUUAUGAAGUCAGUGAAGGCUCGGUGUGUCAUUUGUCGUAAAUUGGCUAAGAAGACUGAAGAGCAAUGCAUGGGUCAGUGUCCAUCUGAGAGACUUCAACCCGCCCCACCCUUUUUUAAUACAGCUAUUGAUUUGUUUGGACCAUUUAUUGUGAAAGACACGGUCAAGAGGCGCACUAGAAAAAGGGUUUAUGGGAUAAUCUUUAAUUGUAUGGUGAGUAGAGCUGUGUACUUAGAUUUAGCAGAGGGUUAUGAUACAGAGAAUUUUUUAAUGACAUUACGUGGGUUUGUCUCCAUAAGAGGAUUUCCAAAGCAUAUGCAUUCAGAUGGAGGCACACAGUUAGUAGCAGCUAACAAAGAAUUGCGAACUAUGGCCAGGAACUGGAAUAUGACACAAAUUUCAGAGUUUGGUAGUGUUUUCGGAAUGAGUUGGACAUUCAACAAGUCUGCAGAUGCUCCAUGGGAGAAUGGGUGCAGCGAAUCUCUGAUAAAGUCUGUAAAGAGAUGUAUUAUGAUGUCUGUUGGUACUAAUAUUCUUUCAUGGAGUGAGCUUCAGACUUGUAUGUUUGAGAUUGCCAAUUUAAUGAAUAGCCGUCCAAUUGGUCUCAAACCAGGGUUUGAUCCCAGUUUGGGCAUUUAUCUUUGCCCUAAUGACUUGCUCUUAGGUCAUACAGGUGUCAGAGUCCCAAGUGGAUUAUGGGAUGAAAGUAAUAAUCCAAGGCAAAGUUUUCAGUUUAUGCAGAAGAUUGUAAAUUCUUUUUGGAAGAGGUGGCAUCGAGAUGAUUUUUCUUCACUUUUAGUUAGGCAAAAAUGGCAUACUCGGCGUAGAAAUUUAAGACCAGGUGAUAUUGUACUUAUACAGGAAAACAGUAUUGUAAAGGGUGCAUGGAAAAUGGCCGAAGUUGCCGUAGCUGUACCUGGAAGUGAUGGUCAUGUACGACAUGUAACCUUGAGGUAUAAAGUGCAUAAACCAGGUCCACAGUACAAAGGUCAAACCGAUAUGUUAAUUAAACAGUCCGCUCAUAGACUGAUAGUUUUACUUCCUGUUGAAGAGCGUGGUGAAUGUUGA